GAACGCAGUAUAACACUGCAUAUGCGUUAAAGAUGACAUUCCUUUAAAUUUACAAUCGUGAUCAUUAUUAUCAUAAAUUUAAAUAAUCAUUUGUUCGAUAAAAAAGAAUAAGAGUACAUAUGCUUUCAACUGUGCUGUUUAAAAAUGAAAGAAAGGAUUAUUAAGAAUAAUUUUGCUUGAAUUUAUUACAAGUAAAUACGGUUAUGGUUAGUGCAAAAUAGACCAAUAAGAAAUAUAUCAUUUAACCAGCUGCGCCGCCAUUACUGUCGUAUUUUGCUCUAUUCUUAAGUUGAACAAUUUUAGAACUAACUAAAUGAUUCAACUUUUACACAUAUUGAUACUAAUUUAUAAUAAUAUUUUAUAAUAUUGUUUUAAUAAUGCAAACGUAUAUUUCAUAAUUUCAUAACAUUUUUGCGUUGGAAACGUAAAUUUGGCUAUAUAAUAUAUAUGCAAUAGAAUAAAGAAUGAUUAUAUGAAUAAUAAUAGAACCACUAUAUGAAUUAAACGAAUAUUUUACUUAUUCAUUUGUAUAAAAAAACAAAAGAUUAUUUAGAAUUGUACAUUAUAUAAAUGGUUACAAUAUAAGUUAUACAACAAAUAGGAAUACGCAUAAAUGUCGGAGCGCUGCAAUCGAUGCAGAGUUGCCGAUCAUCUUGACUAUUUAUUAUACGAUUUUUUGAUUUUGAUUACUUUUAUUACGAAAAACAGCAGGAAAGACGCUCAACGAAUAUUUCAAGAGUUUUUAUCUCAAUCUGAAUGCAAUUAUUCAAGUAAUUCGUAUUAUUCGUACUCAGUAUAUUGUGGAAUGUGCGAGGAGGAGCUACUGUGUUACGCAGCUCUGCAUGAUGCCAUCGGAAAAAUACAUAAUAAACACGAAGAAUUCGUGUCUUAUGCGUUAUCAGGUUAACAUUUUACCGCUUGACAUAAGAUAUGAACUGUUUUAUGGGGAUACAUACACGGUUAAAUGAUAUAAAACCGUAUUUCUUAUUUUUACUCGGUAGCAUGUAUACGUGGCAACAGAGCAAAGUAGACGAGUGCUCUGUCACUUCCUAGUCAAAAGAAAUUCUUCGGGCACAAACAAUAAUAUAUUUACACUGUUAAAAUAGUGAAACACGGUGUAAUUCGAAAAAGUGCCCUCAAAUAUACUAUCGAUACGUUCAACUGUCUCCGAAGUGAUCGGUAGAGAAUCUUUUUGUGUGUAUAUUCACGUAUCAGCAAGCGUCGGUUUACAUAUUACAUGUGCAACCUGUAUUAAACUCUUUUACACUUAGAAUUUUACGAACAUAUCCGAGAAGAAAUGUAAUUUUAUACUAUUAAAUGGAUGUCGUACUUUAAUUAUUUAACUAAUCACCAGAAGAAAAAUAAACGUAUAUAUCGUUGCAUGAAUGAAUAUGUAAACAUAUACACACACAUUUAUUUGUGUAUACACAUCCACAAGGUGUUGGAAUUUUAUGAAUAUUCGAAAAAGUCAAUGAAAGGAAGAAUUAAUUACUAUUAUAUACAUUGUGACUGCUGAAACAUUUAUGCCUUUUAUGAACAUAAUAAGCUAAUGUUUGCUAUAUUGCAUCCAUUAUUUAUAUGGUAUUUUGUUCCUUGGAACAUUAUAUAUAUUAUGAAGAUUACCUGAUGAAAAAUCAUUCUAAACCAAGAAGAGAAAGCAGCAAGAAUAGUGCUGCUAAUGGUGCUUUGGCACUAUUACUAUUGUCCUCCUAGCAACACAAUGGAGGAGCCAGCAAAGAAGAAGCAACGUAUUGAAAAUAAUGAAGUUGAGAAGGACCCAUUAUCGGAUGUUGAACAGCUUCAAAACAGUCUGUUGGCACAAUGCUUAUGCAAUAUACCAGAAAGCAGUUUACGUAAACCAUUUACAAGCGCGACAGUUGAAGUUACUGAUGGCACUUUUCGGUAUACAUUAUUAUCAGAAUGGGGAUCUGAUCAAACUUUAGAAUUCUUAAGUGCUUUACAACUUUUGUUUGAUUUGGCUAUCAAACAAAACACAAGAGGUGUAAUGUGUAGAAGAGUGGUAGAUGUUUGUGAUGCGCUGGCGCGAAACGAGCAUGGCAUUAUAGACCAACUAAUCGACCUAUCCUGUACAACAAACAAAUUCAUAUCAUUUUCUGCUAGUAGAGUUCUUGCAUCAUUUUUUAUUGUUACAAAAGAAAGUAUUGAUACAGCAUGGCUAGAGAGAUUAACACAAUCUUUAGUAAAUACUCAUUCCCCGAGUCAAAUGUUAUUUACUUUGGAUGUUGUAAAAAGAGUUGUAGAACAUAAGGACUGUAGCGUUCAUCCUCUUGAGGAUACAGAUAGUGCAGUGCAACCACCUCAUUGUAAUACCAUAACGAUUUCAGAUGCAGAAAGUUUUGAUAGUACACCUGUAAAGGCAAUGUGUGUUAAAGCUUUAGAGUCUAAAUGGACUAUACUAGUAUCAAAAUUUGAUGCCAUUCUUAGUUCAUAUACACCUCAACACGAGUCAGUCGUUAUCACAUUUCUUGAUUUAUGGGAGUCAAUUAUUUCUGUGAAAGCUAACUUGUCUGUCAUUGACACUAAACUGUUUUAUUCUCAGUUAGAUAACCUGGUCGUACUUUUGAAUGCCAAUGUUCCUGGUGUAAUUUGGAGACAUCUUCUUGGAUUAUUUAACGAAGUAUUAUGUUAUGGAAGUACUUUAGCAUUACAAGAUGUACUUCCAGAUGAGCCUUGCUCUCUUGCACACUUAAUUGUACGCGCUGUAAAAGAUUGGAGAUUAUUAGAUGCUCUGCCAUAUCGGCAUGGUUCUGGAAGAUUUGGAGGUGGUUCUGGGGAAGGUGACCGUCCUCUUCUACAAAAAAUAGUGUUGUUAGUUUUAAAAAGUGUUGCUGUGACUGUUAAAGAGACACGUAGCGAUUCUAGUGACUCUUCUUUGGGUUCAGAAGCAGAAGAUCUUGAUGCUGAUAUGGCAGUUAUUGAACGAAGCAUAAGAGAAGUCUUACGCCAACUGGAUCAAUGCAUAAAAACUCUCAUGCCAUUUCAUCCUGAAAUGCCUUUGUCACAAUGGGUUGUGCAAAUGUUUCAUGAUCAAGACGAUUUUCUUAUUGAAGGCAUGGUUUGUUGCUUAGAUGUAGCAGUUGGUCUUUUUUACAGGGGACCUCCCCAAAAUGAUCUUGGUCACAUGCUUAGUCCGACUUUAACAUUCAUACAAUUUAUACAUGCUGUAUCUCAUGAUCCAGAUGUUCUGUUAGAUUUGCUUGUUAGUAAUGAAACAUGUUUCUUAUUAUACUUAUUGAGAUUUUUGAAGUAUAUUAAACGAAACUGGACAGAGUUUGUGUCUUGUUGUGGAAGAGAGUUAGAUGAUACCAUGACAAUAUUGAUAAGACUUCGUUUAGCGAUUGAUAGACUAGUAUCUAAAGCUUUGUUUCCUUAUAAUAUAAAUCCAGUUCUACGUCUGUUAGAAAAAUGUGAGUCCUUCUAUGAAGGUAAUAUAGAGAAUUAAUUAUUUGAUUGUAUGAUAAGCGUGAAACUUUAAAUUCAGAUUUACUAGAUUGAUAUGUACAAACUGUAAGAAUAAAAGAAAUUUUCCGUCUGGCUCGUUUUAUCAGCCAGAAACUAUUACGAAAUUGUACAGCCUCGUUAACUUCAUUUUUAAAAAAACGACUGAAUUAAGCUACUGACUUGAGUAGUCUUAAAUAUGUAGAUUAAUAUUAGAGGAAUGGAAAGGAAAUAUUUUUAUUUAUUGUGCGUAGCAAAAAAUUAUUCAUUCGAAAAUGUUAUUAAAUCUCUACAGAAAAAUUAGUAUUUUGCAUUUCAUGGUUGAAGUAUAAGUGGGGUGAAGUAGUACAAAGGGUAGCUAAAAUUACAUGCUUCACAAUGAAAUUGCACUUUUAUGGUGCUAUGAAAAUGUAUUUGCCAAAGCACCAUUGAAAAUAAAUUUACGUAUAUACUAUUAGAAUAAUAUUUAUAUGUAUACAUCCAACUAAAUGUACAAUUUUCCAGUCAAAUAGAAUUUUGUAAGCUGGAUUCCGAUGUACACAAUUAUUACAAUUUGAUAGGUAUUUUUGUAUAUUAUUUUAUCUCAUUUAUGGAAAUUUGAUGAAUUAUUUUUUAAAAGCUGUUUUAUAAACAUAAUGCUUAUGAAAAUUUUCAAUCAUUAUAAAAGUGCAGAGUAUUGAAGCAUCAGAUAUUACCGUGUUAAAUUAUAAAAUUGUCUUUUUAAUUUUAUAUCAGAGGCAUUAAUAAAGUAUUUAAUCUUAUGAUCUGUUGAUCCAAAAUAUAUAAAUAAAUUUGCCUCAAUUUAUUCUUUAACUGACAAUUUAAGAAGAGUUCUUUCUAUCUUGUCCAUGUACUUAAAUACAAGUGAAAAAUUCAAUAUUAUUGUCAUGAUUAGCUAACAUUGUAUAAACAAUAUUGUAUAAUACUUGAAAUAUAUAAAUGCGAAAUUACUGGCAAUGGUAAAUAGGAGUCAUCGACAUUUAAAGUAUGCCAGUAUUAAUAAAUUAUUUGAUCCAAAUGGCAAUCAUUGCUUCUAAGAUAAUUUUAAAAACAAUAUUUGCCACGAUUACUUUGGUAUCAUUGUAUUUGUAUAUAACAGUUGUAAUGUUAAUUAUUAAUUAUUUUAAGAUUAACUUUGUAAGUAUGAUACAUGUAAUGCACUAAAAAUCUACAUAUUUUUACUUUUAU